AUGGUCAAACAUUGUAUGAUUUGUGGCAACGUCGACGGCGUGGAUGGCGUUUCAGUGCAUCGUUUUCCAGCGAAUGUCGAUCAGAAGCGUCAAUGGGUGAUGUUCGCCAAGGACAAUGGUUUCAGUGCUCGACAGAUAUUUGCUUAUUCCAAGCUCUGUUCAAGGCAUUUUGUUGCCGGUCGUGAUUACCACGGAGCGGCCGAAUAUCGUCGUCCACUAACUGUUGGAGCAGUGCCGUCAGUAAACUCCAUCAAUACUUUGCCUGUAAAAAAAGUAUUGACUAAAUGCAAAUUUAAAAAAGGUGAAAAUGUACUGUGCUACGAGCCACAACCUGCAAAAACAAAACUCCUUUACAAUUCUAAAGUUUUAAAAGUGGUACCUAAAAAGGAUGAGCAAGGUUGCCAAUUCUAUGAAUUUCUCAUUCAUUUUCAUGGAUGGAAUUCCAAAUGGGAUACAUAUGUAACUGAUAAAUUCAUACUAAAAGAUACAGAAGAAAAUCGCGAGCUUCUAAAAGAACUGGCUGAUCAAGCUCAACUUACGCCUGAUGGGAAUUUGUACAGAAAAGAACGAAAGAAAAGAGCAGUUACACCUGAACCCAAACCUCUAGUAAUAGAGCCAGCUCUAAUUUCCAUAGAUGACGAGUCUAUGGUGAAAGACGAAAAUGUACCAGUAACUAUUGAUACAAUACUGUUACCUGAAAGAAGGUUACCAGAUCUUGAGUUUCCAGAUAAUUUAAAAUCCCAUAUUGAAUAUAAUUGUUAUUUAGUACGCGAAAAGGAUAAAUUGAUUCAGUUACCCUGUCAACCUAAUGUGGUUACAAUUCUUGAAAACUACCUUAGAUAUUUAGCAAAAAGUAACUUUAGUGAUAUUAAAGCAACAACAAAAAAACAUCAAUCUGAAGUACUUGACGAAAAACAACUAGAUAAACGUUUCACACUUUGCGUUGAAGUAUUAGAUGGCCUGAGGAUUUGUUUUAACACUUUCUUAUUUGGAAUGUUGCUAGUUAAUAAAGAUGAACAAGCUCAAUACUAUGAAGCAUUAAAAGUGACUCUCCAACCAACUGUAAACAAUACUAUUUCACAAAAUGGUGAACAAGAUAAUAUACAUACAAUGUAUGUAUUAUAUUUGUAUAAAGCAUACUUUUGGAAAGCCGUCCCUGACAGUGCAUAUGAUGAAGAAAUAAAACAGCCAGCUAUUGUAUACGGUGUAUACCAUCUUUUAAGGCUUUUGGAAAAUUUGCCAAAAAUAUUGGCAAACACUAAAAUAGACGAUGAAAAACUUUCAAUUGUAUAUUCAUACAGUAAUGGACUACUGAAGUACCUCUCAACUCAAACGUAUUUGUUUGGGAUGCAGUAUUAUGUGAAAAAAGAGACGGACGAUACAGAAAAAUCAAGUGCUCUUAUUCGAAAUCGCAGAAAUCAUAAGAAUAUUUAAGUUGUUUCAAGGCACCCUUAUAUAUAUAAAAUAUAUAAAUGUACAUAGAGUGGGUACAUUAAAUAACUGUCAAUUAUUUAUUAAAAAAAUAAGUUAAUAUAUUUUAACUUAUCUUUUUACUAGCAUAUACCAUUAAAAACUUUCUCUUUUGUCUACAUUUUGUUAGUGUA